AGUGUCAUCAAUGUGUCGCUCUCCGGGAAUCGACGUUUCCGUGAGAACUUUUAUGUGGAUUACGCGAGCUUGGCAGACAGCUCUGACAAAAGUCGUUGCGAGAUGGACAGCCUUUGUUAAGCUCGUCAGGAAGCAUCAAGAGAUCCUUUCCGUUUCUACAGUCGUGUAUGAUUAAUGGAUGGAAAUUGGAUUCAGUCCUUUGUUCCACUUUUGAUCGGACUUUGAAGUUUGUUUUUAAUUUCCUUGAAAAUGAAAACGUCAUGUUUGAGAUUUUUUUUUUCAUAAAUAAAUUUAAAAACCAUAAAGCAAUAGCGUACCGCCGAGCAAGGUUUCACGCGAAAAUCUGGGUAUAACGAUGAAUUGCGUAAAAGCUACUUAGAAAAUAUAGAACAGCAAUACUUAAUUAUGAAAGUACGCGCAACGCAACAGGCGUCUUUUUGUCAAAAUUUUUCCUAAAAAUCGCCGCCGUAUAAUAUCGUUGUUCUUGUCCUUUGCUACAUCGCAAAAAAAAAAAAAGCUUCACGAGGAAAUAGAGGAGCGGAUCGAUCUCGUGUCUUAAGAAUAUUGCAUGAAAGGAUACCUAUCCUGAUAGAGGGGAGAGUAAGAACCGCAGGUACACGGAGUAGUCGCUCGAGCAUGCAUAUCAAAGAAUGGGCUGCUCAGUUUUAAUCGGGCCAUUCAACCGAAAAGACGAUGUGCUCGAGAUUCACACUCUUGUUGAUCCGGUCUCUUUGCGGCAGUUUCUUCUUGCAUCCGGUCUUUGCUCAAUACCACCACGAGGUCCAACCGCCGGACAAGAGUAGCCCUUACGCGGUGUACUUCUCCCCGGUGGCGGUGAACAAUCACGUCUUCAGAGCCUCGAGGAAACAGCAGAUCGAGGUAGACGAGAGUCAGAAGAGGUACAAGGAGCUGGUGCCUUACGUCGUCGCCGCUUCGGAGUAUCCCUCGAGGUACCUUCUGCCACCGGCUCCUGGCGCCGAGUCGACUUAUCUAAAGUAUCGGGGACAUCCGACGAGCGAGAGAUUCGAACAGAAGGGAAAUGGCUUGCCGAGGAAUCACAGGCCGGAGCCGAAAAAGGAACAGGAUCAGAGGCCGGUGUACGCGAGGGAUCACGCCCCGAUCGAGCUGAACCAGGCGGAGGAAACGUUGGAAAGUAAACACAAAGCCAAAAAGAAACCGUCCGACAGCUUAGAAUUAUCCGCCGACGGCGAUAGAAUUCAGUUUCAAAUACAAGGCCACGAGGGACCGAAGACUUACAUAUUCGGAUUCGAUACCGGAAACGGAAAGAACCGGCAGUUCAGACUGGAAGAAAGACUGAAGGACGGAACGGUGAAGGGACACUACGGCUACUACGACGCCAGAGGGAAAUUGAGGACCAUAAGGUACCUGGCCCGACCUUUCGAGGGGUACCAGGAGAAACAUCACGAGGGCAACGGCGUGUCCGCGGAAGAACAAGAGCAGAAUUAAAUUGAAGUUGAACAGUUAUUUACUGUAACAAUAACAAUUUUUAUAUGUCCGACAAAGUAGAAAGUCAACGGAAAGAUACAGUAAUUUGUUUUUGUUCUUUUAAAUUGACAAACAAAAAAAAAAGAAACGUAUUGUACGUGUACAGUAUAUCUUAUCUGGACAGGCUAUGUUAAAAAAACAUUUACGUCCUGAUUUUAUCGCACAUAACGUAAAUUAUAGCACAAUAACAGGUGUGUCUUUUUUUUAAACGAGUUACAUCAUUGUUAUAUAUAAAUUUCACGAUCACUUGCAGCAAUCAAAAACAAUCAUCUGCACAAUUUUUCGUUUUCUGUUUUGCGCGCUGCUACAAAAGUGCGUUUUAUUAGGUUUUUUUUUCUCUUACUUUGCUUUUUUCGUCUCGGCCGCUCCGUAUGACGAACUCUUGCUGAUCUCGGACAUUCCGAUAGUUUUAUACAUCAAUAAGAAAA